GUGUAUUUAAUACUAAUUUGUUUACUGCACAAAGUAAGCUCAUGAUUUCAAGGUCGACAGCGACACUUGAACUACCAGAUUAUCUGUAUUGUAAAAUAUGCUUCAUUCAUGCAUUCAUGUUAACCUGUCACCACUAAUUUAUUCUGGUUGCACUUUACUUACCAAAAAUUAAUAAAGUAACCGAAAUUUCAAAAUAAAAUGUACGACCCAGUACGAUACGAAACCAACAAAUCGGCUGCAGCUCGGGACGCUGAGCAAUUUGUUCCCAUGCUGGUAAAUCACAUGACUUGGAAGAAAAAUGAGCUCAUUUUGGACUACGGUUGUGGCGCAGGGAGUACCGGAAACAAGUUUGUACUGCCUGAAGUGGAGAAAUUCGACUCUAAAAUCCACUCUGUCGACAUUUCACCAGAUAUGAUUGCUCAUGCGAAAAAAACCUAUCCAAGUCCAAGGGUAACUUUCAACGUGGGGGACAUCCUGCAAGACAACUUUCCCCACAAAGAGGUCAAGUUCGACAAGAUAUUUGCCGUGUAUGUGCUCCACUUUGUGAGGAAUUAUAGGGAAGCACUGAAACGAUGCUAUGACCUUCUCCAGCCCGGAGGAUAUUUUGGAUUUACUGUUCUUUCCAAAUCAACAUUGUACGUGUUGCACGAAAAGUUGGGAACUUCUGAGAAGUGGUCCAAAUACAUGAAGGGAUAUGAAAACUACAUUCCCGAAUGGUUUGAGCAAAAGGAAGACUCCGAAGUGGCAUUUCGCCGAAAUCUGACACAACUUGGUUACGAGAUUGUAGAAUUGAAGCCGUACCGACAAGAAUAUGAUUUCGAAAGCGUAAACACGGUUGCAGAACUCUACUUGUCCCUCAACCCGUACGUGAAGGUCAUCCCGAAGGAGUUACUGAACGAUGUGAAACAAGAAUACACAGAUUUUCUCCGCAAACACUGGAACGUACCAGAAGGGACGGACGCCUUAUGCACAAAUUAUGAGCUUUUGUACGGCGUGGUUCGAAAACCAUUGCAGUAAAUAAAUUAAUGAUGAAAUAAUCUAAUUUCAAAUUCUUUAUAAAAAUCACAACAUGACAUAACGACAAAGAGAAAGCAUAAUAAAGACCGUUAAUAAUU